CGUGGAUAAGGGUAAAAGAAAAUCUGUGACAGCCCAGCGUUAUUGUUUGGUGUUUGGGUUCUGAUGUACAAUAAUAAUAAUAGGGAUGUAUGUAUAUUUAUGGUAGCAAUGCUAUUAUCAAAGGGUUAAGUGCGCCAAUGGGCAUGCAUUGAAAAAGAAAUCCCAGACCCUAAAUUAAUUUGUUUGCACGAGACGCGAAGAGAUCUCUCUUUGUCAGAAUGACUGAUCGCAAUAAAUAUUUGAUUUCUGGCAUUGUUUGUGCCACUGUAGGAGUAAGCGUAAUUUUUGCGUUUAGGAGAUUAAGAUACCGGAGAUUAAAAACAAAUAUACUCCACAGUCAGCAAUGGAAAAAGAAAAUCAUUGUAGUGGACUCUUUAGAAAGAUGUGCGCCGGUUAUUGACAGCAUAAAAGAGAAAUGCCAGACCAUUAAAGUUCUUGGGUUUGAUUGUGAGUGGGUAACAAGCGAGAAAAGGUCACAUCCAGUAGCGCUGCUUCAGUUAGCAUCGUCGGACGGGUUUUGUGCUCUGUUCAGGCUUUGCAAAAUUAAAUGUGUUCCAGACGACUUAAAGGUCAUACUCGAAGACAGCCGCAUUUUGAAAGUAGGCGUAGCUCCUACUGAUGAUGCAAAAUACCUCUUUCGAGACUAUGGAGUGUCAGUGCGGGGCUGUUUGGACUUGAGGCAUUUGCUUGCAGCAAAGGGCCUUACAAUAUCAGGUGGCCUUGCAGGCCUGGCAGAGAACAUACUGGGUGUUCACUUGAAUAAAGACUGGAAAAUUCGUUGCAGUGAUUGGGAGCGUGAUCACCUUACUCAAGAACAAUGUGAAUAUGCAGCACUUGAUGCUUUAGCUGCAUAUGAAAUUUUCAUUGAUAUUGCCAGACCAUCAGGAUGGUUUCAGAGUGGACCUGAUGCUGAUAAUGUUUCAAAGAUAACUGAAUCGUGUCAGCGUUACUUAGAUAUCAAAUACAAGAGUAGAAAGCACGGUACAGCAGUGGAGAAAGAUGCUGGUGUUAAUGGAGCUUUUUGUGCUGUUAAAGAGGUCAAGAAAUUUAAGCAGUCAUCUAGAGCACAUUAUACUCGAAGUCGACCUCUGUAUGAUAACUGUUACUUACAAGCACCAGAUGGAGAAAUUCUUUGCACCUGUGAUAAUAGCAAGGCCAAAUGGUAUUUCUGUAUAUGCCAUGUCAUUAGACACGGAGGAAAAAAAAGUAUGUUGUUGAAGAAUACAAGACAAGAAAAGUAUUUACAUUUGAGAUGGGGUUGCCCUCAGUCAGUCCCUCUAACCUGCAUCUAUAUGCAUAUUCCACAAAUCACCAUAUGGUACAUACAGAACAAUCUUGGUGACCUGAUUACUGAGGACCCAUUCACUGUAAGGUUGCGAUUUGAACCUUCAGGCAGAGCCGUGGGAGAAGUGGGAAGUUACUACACCCAAGUAAAAGACAACUGUUGUGUUGUUUGUGGUCGUACAGAGUCAUACUUGCGAAAAAAUAUUAUUCCUCGUGAAUACAGGAAAUACUUCCCAGCUGUAAUGAAAGAUCACACAUCACAUGAUGUUUUAUUGCUCUGUUGGGAGUGCCAUCAACUCAGCAAUUGGCAUGACUUGUCCCUUAGAACAACACUUGCAAAAAAAUGUGAUGCCCCAAUAGGGACAAAAGAGAACUUGAAGACCUAUAAUAUUCCUGGAUUGAAAGAAGUUCGUUCUGCAGCAGUAGCUCUGCUGAGAAAUGGAGAUAAAAUUCCGCCUGCACGCAAAGAAGAGAUUAAGAAGAAAAUUUUAAACUAUUUUCAAGAGAGAGGAGAAAAUAAUGUGGAACUGACUCCAGAAAUGUUGGAGGAGGCAUCUGUUGUUGAAACUUGUGUACUUAACCAAGACUACCAGCCACAUGGACAGAAAGUGGUUGAAUUUUUUAAACAAGAUGGUAUGGGCGGCUUGGUGCAGUUAGAAAGAAUGUGGCGAGAACACUUUCUUGAAACAAUGCAACCCAAGUACCUACCACCAUUGUGGUCUGUGUCACACAAUCAUCACCGAUUAGCCCAGCGAGCUGAACAGAACAGGGUUUUACCUCAUGAGUUAGAUAUUGCUGGUCUUGGACACAUUACAAUCAAAGAUUCACAGAAGAGAUGUGAAGAUCCAAGUGGUUGACUUUAUUUGAUGUUUUCACUGAAUGCACUAAAGCAUUUAUUCUGUUAAUUAUUUGUUUUGUUAUUUUGUAAGAAGACAAAUAUAUACAUAUUUAUUUUUCCUUCCAGAUAUUUACUUAAUUUUUGCUGUUAUGGUAAUGUGAUGUUUAUUUGACUGUUUACCUCAGACUACAUUGUUAAAAUUUUGUUUCUGCCUAAUGUACAGUUUCUUAUGGGUUUGUAAGGGAAUGUCAUGAGUUUAUUAUGCCUUUAUGAAGAAAAAUUGUACAGUGCAGAAGAAAUGCUGAGUGGUGAAGGAAUGUUCGUAAGUGGGAAAUGCAGAUUGAUAGUGAAGUCCAUUACCUUCAGUUGUUAGUUCUAUAUGUUGGAGAUCAAAAUUGCAAUGUCAUACUAAGAAACAACAUCCAAGUACUGAAAUUGUGAUUGUGCAAACAGUUCAGAAGAAUGUGAGUGGAGAACAGGAAAUUACCAUAUUUUUUGUUUUAAAUUUUUGCAUAAAUUCCAUUGUGGUUAUCCAUCUACACCUGUUCCUUUUAAAUAGGAAACUAGUCUUCAUACAAAUCAAAAUAUUUCAAAGGAAUACAGGCUUUUGUAUAAAACAUUGCUAUUUAAUUGCCACUUAAUUAACAAUCCAAUGUUAAGGAGGUUAGAAUGACACUCUACAAUAAAGUAAAUAUGAAUCUGAAAUAAAGCUACAUAUCUGAGUGUCUCAUA